GAUUUUUUAUAUUUGCAUUAAUGUAUGAUGUUAAAUGUGACUUUUUAUAACUUGACGUAUAAAUCACAGACUCACUCGACAUUAAGUAAAGAUGAGGCAGCAGUCAAUUAGACCCAGCGAGGAAAAUUUGCAGUGAAAUCAGAAAAAUGUGGCGAAAAAUGUGAUUUUGAGUGAAUUUUGAGGAUUUGUGAAAAACUACAGAGUCUUGCUUAUGUAAUUUGGAGUCUAGAGGGCCACUCAAACAACUACAGUGGGCCAGACUUGGCCCCCGGACCUUGAGUUUGACACAUGUGCACUAGAGUGACAAAAUUCACAAGCUAUGGUCACAAACAUAAUAGUUAAAAAUGCUGGGUGGCCACAGAAUGCUGCAUUCAAAUGAAUUAAAAGUUGAGUGGAAGGAAAAAAGGUGCAAAAAAGAUGCACAAAUAAAGUAUUAAAGCAGUUUAUUACAUUAGACUGCUACUGACUGUCUCCUUACUUGGUGUCCUUUUUAUUGGCUUUAUCUAAUGCAUUAAUUUUCAAAGAAACUGAAUUGUUAUUCUCAUUUGCUCCAAGCCAUGUGCUUAAAAACAAAGAAAUAAUAUUAAAAAUGUGUUUAAGUUGGUUUCAUUUCUCAUCUGUGGUGUCGGUUUAUCUCUGUGUUUUUGUUUUGCAGAAAAAUAAUCUUUUGGUUUGAUUUUUUUAUAUUAUUUAUUGAAUUUUCGUAAGAAAAAGAUGAGCGUUUCACGUUAAAGAGGCGUAGUGUGCCCCGCCUUUGCAUGAGAAGCGGGAUAAAUCCUCUGCGUUUGACGGUGCGGUCAUGACGAUCCCCCAUCAACUCCAGGCGUCCAAUCAGAAAUCAGAUCCAGGGUCCGUCCCUGAUUCCCAGCGUCACACUAAAAUGGUUUUCAGGUCUCCGCUUGAUUUUCUAUCAGCCUCCCGGCUCCUCCUGCCCCACUUUUCCGACGGGCCGCCUCACCUGCCCCGCUCCCGGUCCCCAGAGGACCCCCCGGCGGCUGCCGCUCCUCUGUCCCUCCCGGGACUCUGCUUCUCCGCCACGCAGAUCGCCAGCGUGUGCGAGACCCUGGAGGAGACCGGGGACAUCGAGCGGCUGGCCCGCUUCCUCUGGUCGCUGCCGGUCACCGCCGACGGCCGCGACUCCAUCUCCGAGCACGAGUCCGUGCGGCGGGCGCGCGCCGUGGUCGCCUUCCACACGGGGAGCUUCCGCGAACUGUACCGCAUCCUGGAGACGCACCGCUUUACGCGCACCUCGCACGGGAAACUGCAGGCCAUGUGGCUGGAGGCUCACUACCGUGAGGCGGAGAAACUGCGGGGCCGACCGCUGGGGCCCGUCGACAAGUACCGAGUCAGGAAGAAGUUCCCGUUACCGAGGACCAUCUGGGACGGAGAGCAGAAGACGCACUGCUUCAAGGAGCGCACCCGCGGGCUGCUGAGAGAGUGGUACCUGCAGGACCCGUACCCGAACCCGGGGAAGAAACGGGAGCUGGCUCACGCCACCGGACUGACACCGACCCAGGUUGGGAACUGGUUUAAGAACAGGAGACAGAGGGAUCGCGCGGCUGCGGCUAAAAACAGGUUGCAGCAUCACCGCGCCUGCACAGAUGGUUCCCGUCCACGGAGCGGAGGAGACUGCAGUCCAGAUGGCAGCGCGGAGCGGGCAGACGGAGAAACUUUCCUCUCAGUGACGGACAGUGACUCAGACUUGGAUGUCUGAAACUUUUGAUCAAUAUAUAUAUGUAUAUAUACUUGAAGGGAUCUUUUGUGGACUGUGAGUGUGUGUCGAGGGGUAACAGAGUAAGAAGGAGCUACAGGGCCUUGUAAAGGUAUUCAUGCCUCUUAAACUUUUCACAUUUGGCCACGUUGAAAACAUAAACUAAUAUGUAUUUUAUUAAGAUUUUACCUCUGCAGUGUUGAUUUUUUUCACAGAUUUUCUCUAUUUUUACCUGCAUCUCUCUUCUAUUCAACUCUGACCAGCAUCCAUAGAUGGAGCGUGACCCACAGCAUGAUGCUACCUCUUAUCUUCACACAAGGGGAUAAUAUUUUCAAGAUUAUUUGUAAUGUUAGCUUUAAGCUAAACAUUUUUGUUCAAGUAAUUUAAAAAUAAUUUUUUUUUAGAUCUGUAAAAAAAAUCAGAAGCCAUUUAAAAAUGUUUCUUGCUAUACAAAUACAGGUUAGUGUUUGUAUUUUGGAGGGAUCUGGAUGCUUUUAGAAGACACUGCAAUCACUUUAUGCCAGCCUACCCAGUAGAAGCACAGGCUGCGUUAACAUUUUUCUGCUUCCUCUGUUUUCUGGCUGAUAGUUCCUUCCAGAAAGAUCUCAUGACCUUUGACCACUUUCUGUUCCAACCACAUCCAGUGAUAAUGGGUUCAUCUGACAAUCCAAAUUAGAGCAGCACUGAGCAGAAACCCCCCUGCUGGUCUCAGUCUGCAGCAGCUGGAACGUUUUGGACUGAAACCUGCUGGGGAGCCAGAACCUCAUUUGGUGUUGUUUUCCUGAACGAAACUAGUUUUUAGGGACAACCUGGACCGACUGCUGUACAAUCAACUAUAAUAACUAAAUCCUACCUCCCUGUCUGCCUGUUUGCAUUUUUAGUCAUAAUGCUGGUUUUCCUCUUAGCCUUUACCUCAGCUCUAUUUCAGGUUCUCUGUGUGGUUUGUGUGAAGCCAAGCCAC